AUGUCGUCUCAGCCUCCCUCGGAUGUAUCGCACAAUCCCAAUCCUGUGCAAUGCAAGCGGAACAGGAAGCGAGAAAUGGACCGGAUCUCGCAGCAAAGAAAGCGGAGAAGAGACCGGGAGAACUUGCAGAAGAUGGAGGAACGUCUACGUCUUCUGCAAAAGGACAGCCAAAACCAACUGCUUAUGCAGCUUAUGAAGAGCGCAGACCAAAACGAAGAACGAAACAUCAGGCACCGGAAACGGCUACUACAAAUCAGAGGACUGAUCCAAGCAGACCUGGCCGAUCUAGGCCACUGCGACACCACGACACCCGUAGCAGACAAACCCGACGGCCUUCACCCGGACCAUGGCGACGCGGAUUCGUCAUCUCACGGUGAACCGGAAGGUUUGGAUCAAAUGUUGGCAGAAUACAACGACGAAGCGAACAUUUUCGGCUGCAACAACGACCAAACCACCGAUCAGGCAUUCAAUGCCAACGAUUUCGGGACCCUUAUUCCCGGAGCCGACACUCUGCCAUGGGACCAAGAAGCUCACGGAAUCGGGCCCGAUCAAGUCAAAGACAUCAUGAUCCCGGCUGAGCAGACCACUCAUCAGAAUGGACGGCCUAGGAAGCUAUGGGACGAAGUCGAGCAGCUUCUUGCUCGAGCAAAGCUGCCUGCAAACUCGCCCAGCGUGCACAACGAGGAGGUCGACAUGCACAUUAUCAUCAACGCCGUCUCCCGAGGCUGGUCUCGAUUCUCCCAAGUUGUCAGAGUUGAUCCGAGGUGGAGCUGCCUUCGAGAUCUGGACGAGAGGUAUUUUUCCUCUGGCUAUGCACCAGUCGAACGCCUGGCUGUGUUGACGAUUGCGAGUCAGCUAUUAGACGGAGAUAGAAUGAGACCCUCUGUUGGGUCGAAGCUUCUUCCUCAAUUUAUGAAGCCUAGGCCCUCGCAACAGGCCAUUCCUCAUUCAGCCAUUGCUGAUUUCUAUGUUUGGCCUGGUUUUCGCGAGCGCCUUACAGUGUGUCACCAAUACUCUAGCGACAACUUCCUCCGCGCCAUGCACAUCAUGUUCCAGUUCCUAUGGCCAUACGAUCUGAGGGCCACAUACGACAUCAACCCGCAGACAGGACUCUCUCAAUUCUCGCCACAAUUCCUGGAACAUUUAGGAGAUUUACGGUGUUGGACUAUGAAUUCCGAUUUCCUAGUUGAAUUCCCCGAUUUUCGAGGAGAUGUCCCUACCUUCAAUGGAGGCCCGCCUAGUCUCUUGAGCAUCGGGGUUUCGUAUCCUGAGUGGUACCGCUUCGACACCACGGAGGACGAGGAAUCAUCCAGGAACAGUCUUCAGCUAACCACCGUCCUGGGUUACUAA